UGCAACUUUCUCUUUAAAAUAAUACCUAUUACAUUUCUUUCAAGUAAUUUUUAUUUAUUAAUUCUAAAGAAAAAUAUGAAUUUAUCUAUAUAUUCAUUAAUUAUAUAGAAUUAAAAAAAUUGGGACUAUUAUUAAAAGUAACACGUAUAGAAAAUAUCUAAGAGAAAAUAUUAAUACGUUAAUAAAGAGCCCACUCGAUUUUAAACUUCUAACAUCAGUUGGUGACUUUUAAUUUUAAUUUGUAGUGUAAAACAAUUUAAUUGUUGAUUAAAUAAUAAAACACAAUUAAAAAAUAAAAAAAUGUAUAUAAACAUAAUUGUAAUUCAUCAAUAUAUAUUGUUAAAAAGUGUGGCACAAAAUCUUCUAGUAAGUGAAGCAGGACAGGUGACGAAAUCUAUAGAAGAUAUGCUUUUGGAUUAUGAAGAUGAUAAAAAUUCUAUGAUUGCGAUUACUGAUAAAGAAAAUUAUAACUUAUAUGAAGAUUUUUAUGACGAAAUGGAUAACAGAAUUAGAACUGAACAAUCUAUGAAUAUGAUUUUCUUUGGGCCUCCAAUUUCUUUUAUGAGACUUGAUUCUGAAACUAUCUUGCAUAUAUUAAUACAUACAAGAAAGCAUUUAAUACCAAUAACAAGGGCUUUACUUGCAUGGGAUAUUAUUACUGAUGGGAAAACAGCAGCUUAUUUACAAGGGCGCGAAUACUUAGCUUUUGGGUCCCUGUUAAAUGUUGUACCAGAAGAAGAUUUAUAUUACGUAAAUUUUGGUGAUCCUUCUGUACUAACUUUUUUUUCUAAGAACUAUGUAAACCUCGAUAAUCGUAAGUUUGGUAUUUUGGUGGCGUCCUAUAGACGAUAUUUUGGAAAUAGAUGGUAUGAGUCUGGUACACGUAUUAAUGAAUUAGGCUAUUUGCUGUGUGGGUUUCCAUCGUUUGAUCUUAAAAAAAUUACACCCCAAAUAUUCAAAGAGAUCAAUGUUGAUAUUUUCAGUAAACUGGGGCGCUGUAGUAUUAAUCAAACUAAGACUCUUUAUGAUAUAGCUACGCAUCCUGAUGCUUAUGGAAAACCUUACAAGUGGUUUUCUCAUGAAAUUGAUCGUCUAGGUAUAUUGUUUAUAUGUGUUCCAGAAGAUGAUAUUAGUCCAAUUCAAUUGGAAGCAGUAUCGGCUAUCAGUGCGCAGGUUAUGAAAAAAAUAGAUCAGAAAAAGUUGAAGUUCUUUACCAAAGAACAAAUAUUACGAAUGAAUGCAAAAACUCGUCGAAUUUAUAUCCUUAGAAUGCAGUUGAGAAAUAGUCUCGAUAUGAGCCAAAUAACAAGACGCCAUGGUAUAAAAUUGUCGCCAUCAAUCCUUCUUUACUUGGUUAAUGUUGUCACUCUACUUAUGUGUAUUUAA